UCAUAAAGCAUUAGAUUAGGCUGUGGAUCAACAUGAAAGUGAAAUUCUUCAAAUAGUUAUCAGUAAUUUAGUCGUCACAUGAAUUAUUGAUUGAUCUAUAUCGACUAUGUAAGAAAUUUGAACUAGGAUUUGUAUCAUUCAAACUUAUUUACCUGGAGAUUUAUCUACAGUCGUGAUGAAAACAAGAGAUUGACAGGAAUGGCCUCGUACAAGGGACACCCGGGGUAUGGGAAGCCUGUCCCGGCACCCAGACAGGCCUCCUCACCAAUGUCUCCACAGAUGUAUGCUGAGACUCAUCGACCUUUACCCUCACAAAUAAUGGCAGCAGCAGCAGCAGGAAUGUCUGUGUCGGGAAAGUCAGGCUCAAUGUCAGACGCCAAAGCCAAGACUGUCCUCAAAGAGGCUGUCGAUGCUGUUGUCAACAGUUUUGCCAAACAUUCACAUGGAUAUGGCCGAGUGAAUGUAGUGGAGGCCCUGCAGGAAUUCUGGCAGAUGAAGCUUGAGAGGGGAGCAGACCUGAAAAAUGGGGCCCUGGUGGUAUACGAGUCCCAGCCCUCCAACUCUCCUCCCUAUGUCUGUUUUGUCUCCCUCCCAGGGGGGAGCUGUUUUGGUAGUUUUCAGCACUGUCCUACAAAAGCAGAGGCCAGGCGUAGUGCAGCAAAAAUUGCCUUGAUGAAUUCCGUGUUCAAUGAGCAUCCAUCUCGGAAGAUCUCGGACGAGUUUAUUGAGAGAGCAGUCCGAGAUGCAGCAGGGUCUUUCCAGGGGAACUUGAUGGAUGCUGAUAAUCCAGCUACAGGAAUAGGGGCCUUCCGUUUUAUGUUGGAAGCCAACAAAGGAAGAACGAUGCUAGAAUUCCAAGAACUCAUGACAGUCUUUCAGCUCCUUCAUUGGAAUGGCAGUCUCAAAGCCAUGCGUGAUAGAAACUGUUCUCGACAGGAAGUGUUGGCUCAUUAUUCACAUCGCUCCCUUGACGAUGACAUGAGGUCACAGAUGGCACUUGAUUGGAUUGCUCGAGAACAGGAAACUGCUGGAAUUAUAAGACAUGAACUUCAAAUUGCAGAACGAGAACUUGAGAGUGCCAGACUUGCUGGAAGGGAGUUGAGAGUCUUCAAAGAGAAAAGAGAUAUCUUAGUGUUGGCUCUCAGUCAGAUUGGACCUGCAGAAAGUCUAGCAUAGUUACAAAUAUUUCUUUUUGUUGAAAAGUCAGUAUUUUAUGUUGUUUUUUGCCUCGUAAGUGGAAUUAAUGACAACCUACAACAUAAAAUGUAGGCAUCUAGUGAUACAUGUGUACAUUUAUUAAACAGAAAAAAAGCGUGGAAAAAAUUUCAGAAGAAAAUACAUUGUACACUUGUUUCAACAAUUUCCAACGCUAUUGAUAAAUCAAAUUUUGAUCUAUUUGAUAUAGACUGUCAUGAUUUGUAAAAUAUAAUGUUCAAUUUGAUACAUACUUCACUGCUUUAUUAUCAUUUGUCUAAAUUUGCAGUUACACACUGUAUAUUAACCGGAUUGUGUAUUUUUAGUUCUAAUGGUCGAAGACCCACAAAAAAAAAAAAUGCAGUAGUAAGGUGUCUUUUGUCUGUCUUAAGAAUAGCUGUCUGUCAAAAAGUACAAUUUUGGUUUGAUUUCAGAAAAAAAAACUUAGUACAACUUGAGAAACACCAGGAUACAUAUUUCUGUAAAUCCAAAAUUGAAAGGUUUUAAGUCUAGGAGCAACAUUUCUCUUCCACUAUUAUAAGUGCAAACCAGUAUAGAGCUGCAGUCUCAGCAAAGACAUAUGAUAUAGUAUAGAAUCUCACUGUCUGUUAAUAUUUGGGCAUCAUAUCAAUGGUCUUUCAUCUAAUUUCAUAUGCUUCAAUUUAAGCAUUGUACAGAAGUUAAUGUAUAGAAAGUGCAUGUACAGUAUUUUCACUACCUUCAUUUGUAGAUUUCAAACUUGAUGUUCAAAGUUUCUUAGAAACCAUUUUUAUUUUAUCAAAUAGAUUUUAAUUGUUAAAUUUUUAGUGCAAUAUGUAUGUCAUUGUAACCAGAAAUUGCAUUUCUUAGAUUGUAUAUAAUAGAGAAUGAACUAAUGCAAGCUAAAAAUACAAUAAAUUAACUGCAUGAAAAAUGAUUCAUGUUGUCUUUGUGUAAAAUAUCAUGUACCGGAUUUGACACUUCAGUUCAUGCUAUGUUUUUUUCUUUUUUUUUUUAAUGCUAAAUGAAACCUCUCGCUCCAAGGUUUUGCAAUGUGUUAUACAUUGAUAACACCUGUAUGUAUUUUGAGGAUUGGAUAAUGAUUUUCAUGAAGGCAUUUUGAUAAGAAUCUCAGACUGUAAGAUGUGUGAUCUGUUAUGUAGUGGUAUACAGAGAGACUGUCUAUUCUCUAGGAGUUGGUCAUCAUGAUAGUGUCAACAUUAUAUAUUUGUUCUUUUUCAUGUAAACCAGAGGUAAUAUUCAUUGAUAUUUAAGUUUCUGGUGUAUGUUUAUGUGUCCUUGAAUUGAAAUUGUGAUCAUAUGUAUAUUAAAAUGAUUAUUAUUUUUCUGAUAUUUGUAAAAUGCUUAAUUCUUAGGCUUUGUUUGCUUUAAAAUAUCAACCUGAAAAAUUGUCUGUAUUGUACAUGUUCAGUUUGUCUCCAUGAAGUAUUUUAGUGAAAAGUUAAUGUACAUAAAGAACUUUCAUAUCAAAGUGAUUGCUACAGGAAAGUUACACAUUAAAGCAUGGAAAUAAAUUUUUUUUACACUAGUAAAUUGAUUCUGACUCUUUUGUAUGUAAAACUUAAAAAAAAAAUCCCAAAUUGAAAAGAAAAAAAAAUAAGAUUAAGUAUAUAAAGAAUGUAAUGAUUUUUUUUUUAUGGAGAUUUUGUAAAAUGUAUGAUAAUACUGUACCUGAAUUGAUUGGUUGUUUUGUUAUUCUGCUUUGUGAUUAUGUUCCAGUUGUGGUUCUUUUUCCUUCUUUGUACAGCUCACAUUUUUUCUGCACAUAUAGUUAAUGCAUAAUAUAUGAAAUAUAUUUCAAUAAAGAGACGAAACUUG